ACAAGAAAUAAGGUCUACGAAAGUAAAUGAAACUGGAGAACACAGAGUGUUUGAUGAGAUGAUACAACGGAUGGCCGCGGAGUUAAAACAAGAAAUAAGGUCUACGAAAGUAAAUGAAACUGGAGAACAUAGAGUGUUUGAUGAGGUGAAACAACAGCUGACCGCGUUAAGAAAUGAUUUAGUGGCUUCUUUAAUAAAUCAGACUGGAGGAAAAUGUACAAGCAGAGUGUUUCAUAAAGGUAUGAUGAAGUAAGUUUUACUAAUUAUAUGCACUGGGAAACCUCCAUACAGAGGGCACAAAGUUUGGUCCGGAAAAAAUGUUCACAUAAUCAUUGUAUCUGUUAAUUGAAGGGACAUCUCUAUUCAGGGUGAAGGGACUCUUUUUCUGGGUCCUGAAACCUGGGUUUCAGGGGACAUCUUAGCACCCAAAAACAGUCUGACCACAAAAAGCGCUGCUACGUUGGAGUGUAUACUUGUCACAAUGACAUCAGCUUUCACGACAUGAAAUUUCCUACUUCAAUCGAUAUACUACAAUUCAACACUAAAUAUCGCAGCAGAGACAAGUUAAUCAUGAUUUUAUACAUUAUCUAGCUGCUUGAAAUAAUGAUUACCGAAGAAAAAAAGAAAAAGAAAAUAUUCAUUGGUUAAUAUUUGACGAACUCCAUUGAGGGGACACUUGCUUUGGUCUCGAGGGUGCCCUCUUGAUAGAGGUUCCACUGUAUAAGCUACUGUAAUAAACACUGUUCUUCCAAUAGUUAUGAGCUGUCUGUGCGCUUUUUCCUUUGGUAGCUGUAGCAAUCCUAUUCAUCAAUAAUUCAGGUUCUAGUUUAUAGAGAGGCGAAGUCGUUACAUCACGUUGCCAUGGUAGCAAAAUUUCUGGGUGACAACAAACCGAAAACGUCACUUAAAAAGUGAAUUUGUAAGGGUUAUAUACCUUUCCCUCGGGGGUAUGUGAUAAAUUCACCUGGUACCGCCCCGAGGGCGCAUGCAUACUCUUUUGGACUUUCCACCGCGACAGAUUUUUGUGUCAGAUGUCCGACGAGUCUCAUUGCAAACCAGGAUGUUUGCAGGUCACGACGUUGGAGAUGUUAUGUCAAAUUUGUUUAAAAGCGACGCGGCCGAUGAUGCGAAUUUCUAGUCACUGUCGAAGGACAUUGCCGCUAUGACAACUGCCGACGAAGAAAAUGAAGUCCAAGAAAAUGUGGCAAGUUCAUGUGUUGUUUUACCAGGACGGUUAAACAUGUUGAGGGGAAUAUGAGCAGUGGAAAUAUGUACUGAAUACUUUUGUCUUUGUUAUCAGUUAUUGUUUCAGCCCUACACUCAAACUCCCCUGUUACAGUCAAAGCCGCCACCAACUUUUCGGACAGUGAAUAAUUAUAAUGAGGGGUUAUGUGAUGUAUUCCCCGGCUGUAAUAUAUAGAUUUAGCCAAGGCUAAAAGCGAAGCUCCCGUUAAUAAAUUUAUAAUUUAAACCAAACAAUAAACUUGUAAUCCAAAAAUCAGUUAACUUUAAGGCAGAUUCAUAUGACAUAAGAGGGAAUGGCUGAAUGAUUUUAGAGAAAAAAUAAUUUGCAAACAAUCCAAGAAUGAAACAAAUCUUACACAGAGUUAAAUAAAUUUGCACCCAAAAGGUAACACUUAUGCACCUUUGAGCACAGUAGGAUUAGGCUUCGAAAACAAGUUAUUCCCAAACAAAAUAACCCAUUCGUCAGUCGCCCACCAGCACCACCUUUAUGUUAUAAGGUUAGUUGGACAGCCCCGGCAAAAGGUCAGUCAGAUACGAUAGUCCUCGGUGGCAGCCAAUUUACACGUCACAAUUUAUCGGUUGUAUUCCUCUGUAUAGAAGGGAGGCUAAAAUAGAAAAAAAUCAGGCCGGAUGUUUUGUGUUCGACAAGUUUGCUUUUAUUACAAAAUCUUGCCCACAAAUUUGGUGGCAUGUAAAUCAACCAUUUGUACUUUUUAUACAUCAUAUCUGAGGUGAACAGUACAGUAUGUGGUCCUUGGUCCGGACGAAAAAGGCGUAAAUGAGUAUUUUUUAUCUCAAAAGAGCAGUAGUGAGCUAAAAUUUGGGAUCUUGUUUGCUGUGGGUAAUGUCGACUGAGAUAUCGGUCGACAUAGCGGUCGAUAUAGCGGUCGACAGUCGGUCGAUAUAGCGGUCGACAGUCGGUCGAUAGUCGGUCGACAGUCGGUCGAUAGUUGGUCGAUAGUCGGUCGAUAGUCGGUCGACAGUCGGUCGAUAGUUGGUCGAUAGUCGGUCGAUAGUCGGUCGAUAGUCGGUCGAUAGUCGGUCGAUAGUGGGUCGAUAGUCGGUCGAUAGUCGGUCGAUAGUGAGAUAGACUAUCGGCCGAGUAUCGGUCGAUAUUCCGUCGACGCACCUCAACUUACUAUCGGUCAACUGUCGGUGAUAUAUCGGUCAACUGUCGGUGAUAUAUCGGUCAACUGUCGGUGGUAUAUCAGUCAACUGUCGGUGGUAUAUCGGUGAACUGUCGGUGGUAUAUCGGUCAACUGUCGGUGGUAUAUCGGUCAACUGUCGUUCGAAUAUUAGUCGUGUGUUAAUUUAUCAGGUGAGUCCAAUGGCUUUUUUUUAAGCAAAGACGUCAUUAAUUACUGUUAUCAUGCGAUGGGGAACAUGUGGCAAAAGCAAGGCGCGAUUACGCUAUGAAGAGAACCGAAGAGCACUGGGAACUAAGGACAUGAUAACCUUUUUUUUUUUUCCAGUUUGUAUCAUCACCGAUCGUCUGAGUUUUAGCUGUUAAACAGAACCUGUCUCAGCCUAAGUUGAAUCUGCUGCUCCUGUGGUCCCGCAAAAAUGUAGGAAAAUGUAGGAAAUGCUAAGUGUCGACCGACCAUCGACCGAGUGUCGACCAAUUACUGACCGACACAUCGAUCAAGUAUCGACCAACUAUCGACCAAGUAUCGGCAAAGUGUCGGCGAAAUGUCGGCGAAAUGUCGGCGAAGUGUCGGUGAACUAAAAGCUAUAUCGGCCGAGACACAUCUGGAACGACUAUCGGCCGUGUCUCGACCGAGUGUCGACCCACUAUCGACCGACUAUCAACCGCUAUAUCGACCGACUGUCGACCGAGUGUCGACCGACUAUCGACCGAGUGUCGACCAAGUAUCGACCGAGUGUCGACCGAGUGUCGACCGACUAUCGACCGAGUGUCGACCGCUAUAUCGACCGCUAUAUCGACCGAUAUCUCUCGGUCGACAUUACCCACAGUAAACAAGACUAGCUUGUGAAAAUGACCGCUUCGUUUGAAGGUCCCUGAUCCGGCCAGUGGUUGCUUGGUCCGGCCACUUUGGCCACUUUGAAAGCCGGCAUGCAAACUGCGCGCAACAAGAAAUGUUCCAAGCACCAACUGAAGUAAAUUCCUGUAUAUUUUCUAUAGGCAUCAUUUAAACUUCGAAACCAAAAUGAGAUUUCUGUGUUUAUACUACUACAUGAGAAAUUGCUGUAAUUUGUUUGGCUUGGAACAGUGGUAUUUCAGCUUAAUUUGAAAUACCUACCUGUAAAAAUUACAAACCUUUUGCCGGGCUGGUAGUAAUAUAAACAAAUAAUAGCAUGAUUUAGUGUACGUGGUAUUUGGCAUAAAUACCACUCGUGAUAUUUCAAAAUUUCUCAAAUUUCAUUCGUCUAACUGCUCGUGACAUUACCUAUAACGUACAAUUUCGAAAUAUCACUCGUGGUAUUUAUGCCAAAUAUCAUCCACUACAAGUCAUGCUAUUACCGAAACAAAAGGGUAUUAAUAGUUUGGUCUCAUGCAUGCAUUAUUAUUAUUUUCGCUUCUGUGCGUAUGUGUGCCGUGCAGUUACGAUGCGACGGCAGAAAAAUCACCACUAUUUUCAAUGAAUUCAAUCAAAGUUUAGAGAGAAAAAUUGGUCGUCGAUUGUUUAGGUUUCAAGAAAUUUUUAUGUCUUAGUCCUGUAGCAAAAGCCAAGAAAUCCGACCGAAAAGCGUGCGUCAUCAUGCACGUGCAGAGUAAUGUUUUGCUUGUUAAAACCCAUUGCUUGGAUGUUUUGACUUUGCUAAAGCUCCCUGUUAUGAAGCCAAUCGGACGGAUAUAAGCUUCCUUUUUAUGGCCUUCUAUAUCAUUACAUGUGUUUUAAAUAUACGGCGGGUCAGCUGUCAUCAAAAAGUGAUCUCUUUCAAACUAGUUUUUCAAUUUUGAACCGUUUGACCUGAGACUAUGCACGACAAUAGAACUUUGUAUUCCCAACAAUCGUACAUUUUUGGAUUUUUGAUUUCAACGGUUUUUGGCACGAAAAUGACGUUAUAAGACUGACAAUAAAAUAUAACUUUUACUUUAUGCCAUAACAGGUUAGCAAUAUUGAAAGAGUACUCAGAGAAGAACUUAAAUGUGAAAAUAGUUUUUGAAAUGCGUGAAUUUAAGAUAUAUCCAAGUAAUUUAAGGCGCCAUAAAAAAGACAAAAAUAACAUAACAAAAUUCAGCUACGUUCUCGUUAACUUGAUUUUCCAGCUUUGGCUAGCAUCAGGAAAACCUCGAAUCGAGCUUAAGAAGGUAAACAGAUCAAUAAACACUGGGAAAGUUUCGUUGUAUUGCAACCUUAUUUUCUUCCUGAAAAUUACAUCACAAAGUUAAAAACCGGCUGGACCAAGAAUCACAUACUGUAAUAUCAGUCGCUGUUUGUUUAUCGUACAGACCUCAGGCAGAAUUUAUGUUUUUUUUAUUCUUAUUUAAACCUAUAAUUCUGCAGAUCACAUUAUAAAACGUUUUCAUGAAGAGAAUUCCACAAUGUCGGGACUGUUCAGUCAGAUCAAUCUGCUCCUAUGUAGUAUGCAGGGUAAUAAUUAGCGAAAACUCUCGAAAAUUUUUCAAAAUUACCCAUACGGCCAGCCUGUUCUGACUUUUGACAAGCGCCAACUUUUCAGAGCGAGCUGUUGCGUGUUUGAAUGAACAGUAUUAGAGUUACGCUUCAACAUAAUAAAGAAUUAAUUAUGUUACGUGAUACGUGCGGCAUCUUGAGUACUCCCGCAUGCGAUGUUCAUUUACGACUGAAAACCACCGGCACGGACAUUAAAAAUGCGAAAGAGACUAUUAACAAUCAAGACAAGAAAUAUCACGGCGACAAGUACGGAAAGUGAAGACACUGUGCUUGAUGCGCGUGCAAAGUUGUUUGGCUAUAAUAUAAACCCAUUGCUUCUUUGCCGUUUUUGUUGCAGUCGCCGUCGUCUUUGCUUAAGCUCCUUGUUGUUGUCAUCCAAAAAUAGGCAGCUUAAGCAAAGACGAUGGCGACGGCAACGAGAAUGGUAGCCUGCGUAGCAGGCGCUAGGAAUAAAUGGGCGAGGGGAGAGGGAGCUCCCUCUCCCCUCGCGUGUCUCCCUCGCACGCGCCCGUUCUUUCUUGCAUCCAUUUAUUCCUAGAGCCUGCUACGCAGGCUACGAGAAUGUCAAAAAAGCAAUAGGUUUAGAUUAACAAAACAACAACUUUGCACGUGAUCACGCUUUUUUGUACAUUUCUUAGCCGUCGUUGCACAACUGCAACACCAUACUUCCUAAUUUCACGAGCCCACUUUAUGGAGCAGGUGAACACAACAUAAAAAUUUCAUUUUCCUUUUUGUAAACUUAGAUACCGUCCUUUCUGAUUCAAGCCCAGAAAUUUCGCCAAUAUUUGACAAAUUAAAUGAAAUUAAAUAAAAUCAAUGAAGUUUGAAACUGUGCGAAUUCACUUUUUAAGUGACGCUUUCGGUUUGUUGUCAUUCAGAAAUUUGCUACCAUGGCAACGUGACGUAACGACUUCUCCUCUCUAUUUCAAAUGAAUUUAAGAUUAUCUUUCCCGAAUAGCUAAGAACUGUGCUGAGCUGUACGAAUGUGGCAAGAGGGUCAGCGGUGUGUACACAAUUGACCCUGAUGGUGAAGGUGCGUUUGAUGUGUUCUGUGAUCAACAAACAACCGGAGGGGGAUGGACAGUGUUCCAGAAGAGACUGGACGGCUCGGUUGAUUUCUAUCGUUACUGGAAUGACUACAAAAAUGGGUUCGGUGACCUGAAUGGCGAGUUCUGGCUUGGACUGGACAAGAUUUACCGCCUGACCAAUAAAAAAUGCAACCGGCUUCGAGUUGAUCUAGAGGAAACUACAGGCAACACUGCUUACGCUGAAUAUGACAUGUUUGCAGUUACAAAUGAAACGACUAAGUACAAGCUCAUUCUCGGAAUGUACUCAGGUAUCGUGCUUGGAAUGUAGAUGAUUUUGAUAUACAGUAUUUUGUCCUCGUUUCUUAAUUAUUCGUUGUAUGUUUGUUCAGGUUAGCGGUUUCUUGCAAACUUGAAAACUUCUCUAGUCAGUUUCAAAAGGAGCUCAGUUACUUUCCAAACGUAGCCAUUAUCUUGCACUUCAAUAUUAGAUUAUAUUCAGGCAUUCUGCUCCAAACAUUCCUGGUAAAAUUACCUUGUAUGACUCCUAGGAACUGCUGGUGACUCAUUAACAAGGACGCAUCGAAACCAGCCGUUUACCACUAGAGACCAAGAUCAUGAUGCCGCCUCAGGAAACUGCGCUGUGGUCUUCAAAGGAGCCUGGUGGUACCUCAAUUGCCAUCAUUCAAACUUGAAUGGUUUUUAUUACAACGGUUCACAUUCAUCAUAUGCUGAUGGUAUCAACUGGUAUACAUGGAAAGGAUAUAACUACUCUGCCAAGAGAGCUGAGAUGAAAAUCAGACCGGCCAACUUUUAGAACUUUUACGGUACCCCUGGACGUCUUGUUUCCGUUAUAGUUUCCAAGUAACAAACAAAAUUUCAUGGUAAAAUGCCGUAUUUACUCGAAUAAGCACCGCCCUCAAAUAAGUGCCGCAAUUUGGACAAAAAUACUGAGUUAAUAGGCGCCUCCCCC